AUGGCAGACACAAUACAAAACAACAAUGUUGUCACCCCCACAAAGAAGAGGAUAUGUCCCAAAGAAUCUAGCCCAAACGAUGAUUUCAUCGUAAAGAAACUAGCAACAUGGGAAGAUCCUGUAUCGGCUUUGGCCAAUGCUCGACAUGAAUUUGGCGAGCAUGGUGGCGUUAACAUGUCGAUUGAGGCAUCCGCUACGUUCACCGUCAUGGAACCUGAGACCUUAAGUCGCAUGUUCACGGGUGAGCUAGGCCCUGAUCGCGAUUUUUUUAUUUACAGCCGUCAUUUUAAUCCUACGGUCCUCAACCUUGGCCGCCAGAUGGCGGCCCUGGAGGGGACUGAGGCGGCGUAUUGUACGUCUAGUGGCAUGUCUGCCAUCUCAUCAGUUUUGAUGCAGCUUGUGAGUAGUGGGGACCACAUAGUGGCGUCCCACACGCUUUACGGUGGAACUCAUGCACUUCUCGCGCAUUUUCUUCCGAGGUCGUCGAACAUAGCGACGACUUUUGUAGAUAUACGAGAUCUAGGGAAGACUAAGGAGGCGAUCAUGGAAGGACGCACCAAGGUUUUGUACUUUGAGUCAAUGUCUAACCCGACGUUGACAGUGGCUGAUAUUCCAGGGCUUUCUAGGAUAGCCCAUGAGAAAGGUGUGACGGUGGUUGUCGACAACACGUUUGCCCCAAUGGUGGUCUCCCCCGCGAGGCUUGGCGCGGAUGUCGUAGUCCAUAGUAUCUCCAAGUAUAUUAGUGGCGGAGCUGACAUAAUUGCUGGGGCUGUUUGUGGGCCAACUAGUCUGGUGAACUCACUCAUGGACCUUCACCAAGGAGCUUUCAUGUUACUAGGCCCAACAAUGAACGCCAAGGUUGCUUUUGAGUUGUCUGAAAGAAUCCCUCACUUGGGCCUUCGGGUCAAAGAGCACUGCCACCGGGCUUUAGUCUAUGCCCAAAGGAUGAAGAAACUGGGCCUGAAGGUCAUCUACCCGGGCCUAGAAGACCACCCUGAUCACUAUCUUUUGAAAUCCAUCUCAAACAAGGAGUAUGGGUACGGUGGGAUGCUAUGUUUGGACAUGGAAACCGAAGCCCGUGCGAAUAAGCUGAUGGAUGUGUUACAGAACCAAACCCAAUUCGGGCUCAUGGCGGUUAGUCUUGGCUACUAUGAGACCCUCAUGUCUUGUUCGGGUAACAGCACAAGUAGUGAAUUGAACCAAGAUGAGAAGGCAACGGCUGGCAUUUCACCCGGGUUGGUUAGAAUGUCGAUCGGCUACAAUGGGACCCUCGAACAGAGGUGGGCCCAAUUCGAGAAGGCGCUUUCGAAGCUCCAAGAUUCGGGCUUGUUCUCAAAGAAAUAAAAUUGUAAUAUGAAUGUAGACAAUCUUGGUUAUUAAUUAUA